AUGCUACGACAUAAACUCAGAUUCCUGCUAGACACUUAUGCCCAUCGAGGCAAUAGGUCGAUCCGAUUCUUCUUCGUCGACGAUCUACUUGGCGAAUACCGGUAUCCAAGCCCCUACUUCAGCAGUCUGACGACUUUAAGUUCAGAUAAGAAGCAAGGUCUUUUUCAUGGCUCAGUGAAUAAUAUCAAAAUUUGUUCAUCAUUAACUAUACGGCACUGUGGAUGUAACCACGAUGAAAAUAUUCCACUUAUGCUCGCCCCAAAACUUGGAGUCAAUUCUGGAGACGUAAAGAUUGAAGACGAUGAAUCCGAGAUAGUAAUAUGGAAAAAGGACGCAAGCGCUGCCAAUCAUGAUAUUAAACCCGGCUCACAAGUCAAUACUGCUUAA